ACGAUUAUAUUGUUAAACACACUUGAUUGAGUUUAUCAAGAGGUCGAGUAAUAAUAUUAAGCGCUGUACUUAAAUAAAUUGGUUCAGUUAUUAGAUUACAGCUACAAAAUGAAGUAUUAUAUUUUGUUCAUAUUCUUUUGCUUUGUUUGUUGUGACGAAUAUGGUUUUGAUACAAAAUACAUAGAAGUUCCUUUAGAUCAUUUUAGCUUUACAAAUAAUAAGACAUUCAAACUGAGGUACUUGGUAAACGAUAGUUAUUAUGUGGAUAAUCAUCCAAUUUUUUUUUACACGGGAAAUGAAGGAGACAUAUCCAUGUUCGCUCAGAAUACUGGUUUUAUGUUUGAUUUAGCCAAACAAUUUGAUUCUUUAAUUAUAUUUGCCGAGCACCGUUAUUAUGGUGAGACCCUUCCAUUCGGGAAUUUAUCAUACUCUUCACCAGAGUACUUAGGGUAUCUCAGCGCACAGCAAGCACUGGCUGAUUUUGUUUACCUAAUCGAUGAUCUGCAGCAACAAUAUGCGAACAAAUCGUCUUUAGAAAAGGUUCCCGUAGUAGCUUUUGGGGGCUCCUAUGGAGGAAUGCUUUCGUCGUGGUUGAGAAUGAAAUACCCUUAUAGUGUCACCGGGGCCAUAGCUAGCUCAGCCCCUAUUUGGCAGUUCAAAGGACUCACGCCUUGUGAAAACUUUAAUAAAGUUACUACUGACGUUGUCAGAAGUUUAGGUUCCGAGAAAUGCGUGGAAACAAUCAAGAAAAUAUGGAGCAUCAUAAGAAGUAAGACUAACACAACGGAAGGGAAGAUAACUAUAUCAAAAGAAUUUAGUCUUUGUCAGAACCUUACUUCUCAAAAUGACGUUGAAGUAUUAUUGAAUUGGGUCAAUGAAGUAAUAACUAAUAUGGUGAUGGUAAAUUAUCCAUACCCAACCAGUUUCCUGGUACCUUUGCCCGGAAACCCCGUAAGGGAGUUCUGCAGUAAAGUGGACAGUGUUGAAUAUAAAGAUGAUGAUGGUGUACUCAAAGCUAUAACUACUGGUCUUGAAAUUUAUACGAAUUAUACGGGAACAACUAAAUGCAACGAUAUUUUGCAAACAGCCUCUUCUAGUCUGGGUGAAACUGGCUGGAAUUUUCAGUCUUGUACGGACAUGAUCAUGCCUAUGUGUUCUACGGAUGAAGAUAUGUUUGAAAAUUCCGAGUGGGAUUUCAAGAAAUUUUCCGAUGAUUGCUACGAACAAUACAAAGUUCGUCCAAGAAACGAGGAAGUCCCUAUCUUAGAAUUUGGUGGCAAAAAUAUCGAAACAGCUUCGAAUAUCGUAUUUAGCAACGGCUUAUUAGAUCCCUGGUCCAGCGGUGGUGUUUUGCAAAAUGUCUCUUCCGAGAUAGCGGCCAUAGUCAUUCCAGAUGGAGCCCAUCAUUUUGAUUUAAGAGGAAGCAACGCCCUGGACUCGGAAAGUGUACAAAACGCCAGAAAGUUUCACCAGAACCAGAUUAAGAAAUGGCUUCACCAGUUUUACUUCAAGGAAAACAAAGAUCUAUAUUACUAUUAUAAUUCUAAAAGAUAUGAUUAAAUAAAUUACUUAGUGACAAAUAUA